AAAUUUUUCAGUAAAAAUCGUACAUUUCCACCCAACGGUUUUAUUAGAAUCGUUCAGUGUGUAGAUAAGUAUUGUGUGCGCCUUGUGGAGUACGCUUAAACGUAUGUUCCCCAGGUGAUGAAGGGUCCGGAGAAAGAGUCGCUCGUUUUGAGGGCUGACACACAGGACAUGUCUGAAGAAGGUACACACUGCGCAAGACCACCUAGCCAAGACAGUAUACCCGUUACCCAAACCAGCUGUAUAAGCUCGGCGGGAAGUAAUUGCACGCAAUCACAGAUUACCCAAGAAAAUGACCUACAUUCUCAAUACAGCUCGGCAGACAACGUUGUGGAACCUGAAAUUGACAAGAAUGACUUUCCUGACGAUGAACUUCAAGUAGAUGCGACUGGCCGACAAGAUUCUCAAGGAAGUACAUUGAAAACUGUCUCGCACCCCCGAACCAAACCUAGCGAUAACGGUGGCUAUAAGUGCGCAGUUGUUGGUAUCUCUUCAGAUAUGGUAGGAGGUUAUAACUCGAUAGCGGAUGAUUAUGUCAAAAAGAAUCCUAAUUAUAUGGACGACAUUCCUUUUGAAGAUUUUGAAGUUGAAGAAAUGAAUAGAUCCUUUGUGCGGACGGAAACCUGUGAAGACAAUCAUAAUAGAGAGGAAAAUAAAGCGACCGAGCGAAACGAAAAUUCGCUUUUAGAUUUAAAGCCUAACAUCACUCUAUCUCAAAAAAGAAAGGACACCUCGGCAGAACAUUCGAUGGGUGGCGAAAAACAAGAUGAUACGAGUGACAGUGAUCAGAGCGAAGACGAUCAAAAUGACGAACUCAAAGAGGUACUGGCCGACGAAGACGAUGAUGGAUUUAAUAAGGGACCAGAAAUCUCGCUGCCAUACAAAGAACCGGAGCAGUUGUCCCUACAAGAGUUCCUGGCAAGGCGCCGAAGCAAGCGUGCAUCUGUAUCCCAGCAGCACGUUCAACAACAGUCCGCAUCCAUUGAACACAUUCAAACAAAACAAGCCUUUGUCGACGAAUUACAAGACCCAAAAAAAAAAACACAAAACGUCGCGUCGACACUCGAUCACUCCGAAAUCGCAAGUCCCUUGGUAGUGGGUUCAAUUUCAACACAGCGUAAAAGUAAACUUCAUACAGAGAUCCUCAAAGCUGCGGCAAAGGUCACUCCUCAACUGAGUUGCAGCGGUAUUAUUGACACUCCCGUUGAUAAGCUGAUCCAACGAGCGAUCAUCAUGAACAAGAGCAUUCAAGACGCGGGAAAGGUUAUUGAUCCAACACCCGGUUCCCAACUCAAGGAUCUCAAGGACCGACUUAAGGUUGAAAUUAUUAAACAGCGACGACGGAUCAGAAUGGAGCGCGCCAGUGCUGUUCAAAACAAUGACGAAGCUGAGGAAGAAUACGAAGAAAUGACUGAUAACGAAAAUGAUUGUGACCCAGAUGACGAGGAAACACUGCUUGAUAGAGUGGCCAAGGAAAGCGAUGCUGAGGAUGAGGAGCGAAACGAAAAGGCCCUUGAGGAUGAUGACGAGGUCAGUGGCGAGGAAGGACACACUAAUAACAGUAACGAUGAGCAAGUAGAGAACGGUAAAGAAAAUGAAGACGCUUAUGGAGAAGAUGAGGCUUCAGAUAUAGAAGACUUCACUCUAAGAAAACUCAAGUCACGGAACAAUAAAACAGGAAGGCACAGAGUCAACGCAGUGCAGGACAGCGACGACGGUGAGGACUUAAGUGGUCCUGCAGUGAACACCCCAGACGAUGAGUUGAACCUGCGACUGGAUGAUGACGAGGAAGAUGCAAAGGAUAUGCGCUUGUCGCAAACUCAGAAGCCGAAAACACAGAAGAUUAAUGGCAUCUCAAAGCAAAAACAGCUUUCGACAGAACUGUUCGCCGACGACUUGACGGCAGAAGCUAAGGUGGACGACGAUUUACUAGCGCUAUGCUCUGGAGAAUUCGUCAGCCAGAAAGAGGAGAAUGGUGAGGGCAAUGAUCACGAGGACGAAAGCCUGGAAAGUUACGAAGCUGUGGGGGAUGCGAACAGCUAUGAAGAGGACGAUGAGAUUGACGAUGAAGUUGAGGAAGAGCUGAAGAGAGAGGAAAAUGAAGAACUGAAGGCAUAUCGAAAAUUGUUAACAGUCGAAAAUAGCGAAGAAGACAGCGAGGAUCAAGAUGACAUUGAAAAUGAUGAUAACGGUGAAAAGGAACAGGCUCCCGAAAAAGCUGCAGACUUUUUCGAGGGCGAAGCCGAACUGUCUGGUUCAGAUGUUGGGUCGGACGAUGAGGACGAAGAUAAUAUGACUGAGGAUGAGAAACGGCGAUUAAUUCAGGACCUUAUCUCGGAAAACCCGGGAAUAUCGGACGAACAGCUGGAGGAACAGGUGAAACGCCUGCACGCUAAGUAUGUGCACGCCGACGACCAGAAAGAGCUUCGCAUGUACAAGGAGAUGUUGCUAGCUGACGGAGAUCUUCACGAAGAUGGUCCGGGAAGGGAACGACGCUUUCGUUGGACAAAUUUGAGCAAUGAUUUUGUUGGCGGCACCAUUGAAGAAGAUGGAUCAGACUGCGACAUAAACGAGGAAACUGAAGAAGAGGCCAAAUGGAAAGCACGCCGCAUGGAGCUUGAAAAAAAAAAGAAAGAACAACAACCCCUUGACUAUGUCGAUGGUCGAAGCCUGAAAACUGCAGCCGCUGAUAAGGUGAAAGAAACUCGUACCGAUGAGGGCUUGAACAUCUCACGAGUACUGCGAGACGCCAAUAAGGCCCUGAAGAUUGCCUAUCCAAAAAAGAAUCAAGACGCCCCCACCAAACGGCCUGUUAGCGGUGGUUUUCUUAACAUGACCAACAGUGUCUUGGAACGAAUUGCUGAUAAGGUCAAAGGUAGCACGACAAAGGAAAAGGAAGGUUCUCAGACAACGAAGAAUUUCGUUUUUCGCACUGUUGACAGAAAAAGAGAAGCUGGAGGAAUCAGCUCCAACAAAAGACCCGGUUCGGAAUCUCCGUUUACAAAAGCGCCAAAUUCAAAAAAAGCUAAAGUUGAUGAUAAUGCCAGUAGACGAUCAAGCCAAAGCGUUUUCAACAAGUUUUGAGUAUUUUCUUUAAAUUGUCAGAACUGCGCGCACUGUCAGAAUAACGGUCGUCCCGAAUAUGCAGACGGUAAAAGUUUGGCUCUCUUUGAUAGUCAUGAUUCCCAACAAGGAAAGAAAGGACCACAUGUUCUAUGCAAAUCUUUCGUUCAUUCACUUUAAAAAAACGGUGGGUUUAAAAUAUCGUGCGUCGCAAAUAUUUUUUUGCAUGACAACUUUAUACGGGCGUUUGAACUGUUUACAACUAUCUACUCAUAGACAUAAAAUAUUUAGUUUUUACGAAUGUGGCUGCAUAAAGGUAAAUGUGUGCUAAACAAAAAGAGGCGAUUAUUAACCACAUACUGCAAUUUGCUCCAAUGUGCGCUCAUUGGGUGGGUAAUUUUUUUGACAAACGUCGUCUGUGUUUGAUGUUUUGUGUAUGGAAUGACAGCUAUUAUUUAGGAUUUUGUGGUGUGGUAUAAUAUUAGUCAACCGCAGUGAGCUAUAACUUUGUAGACUCCUAUUUGUGUGUACGUGUGCGUGUUUGUGGACAAUCACUAACUAUGUUUAUCUUGAAAUAAAUGUUUGUUUUUGCAAGCCAAAGCCAUCUGCCUUAUUUAAAUUGUAUUCUCCCGAUUUGCCCCGAAAACCCCGACUGCUACCACAGAUAAUGCAAUCGUGCGAUUUCUCUGAUAUCGUGACGAACAUCGUUGUAGCAAUGAUGCCAUAGUUUGCGUGGGCAAACCGUCGUCGAGCCACAAGUUGCCCUGUUCAGCUGGCUGUCUGUACGUGCGAGUAUAGCAGAAGUAGUAAUCAACUAUUGCGUACGCAGAUUUAUUCUUUGACAACUGCGAGGCUAUGGCCUGUAUCAGUCGAAGCCCUUCUCUCUCAUGUCUCUAAACCUAAUGGUUGCACUGCGUUCUUGUAGUGCAGAGCUGUUGUUACAUUUAACCAUAUAAUAAGUUUAUGAAAUGAGGUGGAUAACAACAGGACUACUGGUUCAUUAGGUGUAGUCUCUUAAGAACUCUAGAUAAGCACUUUUUCUAUAUGUAUGUAUAUUAUAAUAAUAGCAUUAACCGAGCUAUACAAUAAGCACUCAUAGUGCGAACUCUUCACUGUCGUCGCUGAACCAUUUUCCAACCAAGGCACUAUUUAGAUUUAAGUAAAAAGUAGUUACUGAAAACCAACACGGGUAGAUGGAAUAUACAAUAUUUUUGAACUUUAAUUUUCUAACCUUAACAAAAAACAAGCUACCGUGCUUAAAAAACAGAAGGUUUGUCUUGACCACCCCGAACCUCUUUUCAGGUACAGCCGCAUUGAGAAUAAAAACAAAUCAGUGCGACGAUUGCCCUCCAUUUCUUUAAUGCUAGCAAAAUUGUUAGUUUGGAUCACAUCCCAUAAAUAAAUAGUUAUAAUAUAGUUGACUAAUCCUUUCGAAUAGGUAAGCUUUUGUCUUUAGGGGUUUAUUUGAGAAUUAUGGAUAUUUUUAGGCAAAUGAGCAGUGGGUGGCCGAUUUUUAUCUAAUUAAGGUCAACUCUAAAAG